AUGUCUGUUUCGGCGUGCUGUCUCCAGGGAUUCAAAUGGGAAGGGACCCCUGACGGCAAGGAAACCAAGAUCGCUGGUCUCAAUGCCUACGUGACAGGCUCUAAUCCCGACGCGGGCGUCCUAGUCAUCGCCGACCUCUUCGGUUGGAAGUUCCGCAAUGCACGGCUCCUGGCGGACCACUAUGCCCGCGAGGCCAAUGCGACCGUAUACGUACCUGACUUCUUCGGGGGAGAAGAGCUACCAUUCGAACCCUUAGCUGAAAAACGGUUCCAUGAGAUCCCUGACCUGGAGGGCUUCCCCAAGCGCAAUGGCCGCGAGGUGCGUGAGCCCGAGAUCUUCGCGGUGGCCAAAGAGCUGCGCAGCCAGUUCAAGAACUUGGUCGCCGUAGGAUUCUGCUACGGCGGCUGGGCCGUCUUCCGUCUAGGUGCUCGCAAACACCAGCCGCCCUUAGUAGACGCUGUCGCCGCCGGCCACCCGAGUCUCCUAACAAAGCAGGAUAUCGAUGAGAUCAGCGUGCCUGCCCAGAUCCUCGCUCCGGUUCUGGACCCGGCCUAUACCCCGGAAUUGAAACAGCACACAUUCGAAACGUUGCAGAAGUUGAAGGUGCCAUUUGACUUUCAAUUCUUCCCUGGGGUCGAGCAUGCGUUUUUGAUCCGAGGAGACUCGAAGAAGCCAGGAGAGAGGAAGUCAAUGGAUAGGGGAAAGAAUGCUGUAGUUGGAUGGUUAAGCCAGCACUUCCAGGCUGAAUAG